UUCAUUUUAAUUUACUUUAAUUUACUUUUUAAACAAUUGUAUCAAAACAAAACAAAAACCUCUCACUGGUGCAACGUUUUACUGAAUAACUGAUAAUUCCCUGUGUGGAUGUUUGACAUUCCUGUGACAGUAAUCUGAGUCCCUCCUAUUUCUGUCUCUGGUCGAGGGCUGAACUCCACCGAGCAGCUGGACAGUCAUGGUUGUUCACAACAGACUGGAGCGGUGAGCUGUUCAGUCCCACAGCCAUUCUCCUCAUGGACCUGUGUGAGAUCCGUGGAGGACGACUGGACGUGAUCACAGAGGAGGCUGAGCACCAGGAGGUGUUGAGCCGCGGGCCGAGCACCAUGGAUCCCCACAGUGGGGUAUCAGACAGAGGAAGGAGGGCGACCCGGGACAUCUCCACCUUCCAGAGGUUCUCCGUCGACACAGACGACUCCCUUCGGUUCGAGCCCUGUGAGGACAGUCCUUCUACCACCGGGGCGGAAGACGGACUCGAUGAUGAUGAUGAUGAUGUGUUUAAGGAGGGAGAAACCGAGACAGAGAUCGUCACGACCAGGAAUCAGUUGCAGGGGAAGGUUGUGGAGAUGGAGAACUUCGCAGGUCAUCUGGAGGAAAUCUUUCUCACUGUGGAGGAGAACUUUGGCCGUAAGGAGCAGCACUUGGAGCAGCACUACAACGAUGUGCUGCUGACGUUGUCUCAGCGAUAUGACGAGCGGGCGGCUGGACUGGAGGAGGAGAAGAAGAGCAAACUGGAGGCUCUGUACAAGCAGCUGCUCGCUUGUGGCCGAGCGCUGGACGCCUCCAAGGAGCUCAUUGAGGCGGCCCAGGAGGUGCACCGCAGCCGGGACAAAAGGCUUUUUCUCCAGACGGUCAUGCCCACCAUGAAAAGAAUGGAGGAGUUUGCCAAAGACGAGGUUGACCUCACGUUGUCGACACGUCUCGAGUUCGACACGCCGAUCGCCGACCUGUCAGACGUGAAAACCAUGAUGGACUCCAUCAAUGUUGUUCCAGCUCCAUCCGCCCCGGUGAUCAACCCCCAGACGCCCGGCUCCGCCACCCAGACGUCCCUGCGCGUCUGCUGGAGCCUGUUCUCCGACGACACAGUGGAGUACUACGAGCUGUACUACAGACCGGUGCUGGAGGACAGCACCUGUGCACCACACGUGAGCAAAGUAAAGGUGAAGGAAACUCACUGCACUGUGACAGGUCUGCUGCCCGAUGCCCAGUACGAGCUGUGGGUGACGGCGACCAACACCACAGGCAUCAGCCCGGCCAGCGAGAAGGCCUUAUACAUGACAGUGCCGUCUCCUCCAGUGAUCAAGCAGAGGGAGUGCAGCAGCUGCCCGGAGGCGGCCAUGCUCCGCUGGGAGUCAGGGAACACUAACCCUGUGGACUCCUACACCGUGGAGCUCAGUGAGAUGGGGGCUGACGGCACAGAGAGCGGCGUCACCGAGUCGAUAGUGGCUGUGCCCACCUGUCAGUGUCUCAUCCAGCUGCAGGCAGGAUGCGGUUACUUCAUCUCUGUGCGAGCAGUCAACAUCGGCGGCCCCAGCGACAGGAGUGACGUCAUCACCGUCUCCACAACAGGUACAUUCUUCCGUCUCCUGGAAGACACUGCUCACCCCUGCCUGUCCCUCUCUGAGGACGGCUUCACCAUGUUCUAUGGAGACGAGGAACUCCCCAUCGGUGCAAUGGCCUUAGACGACCGAACCUUCACCAGGUGUGUGGCUGUGAUGGGAGAUCUGAUUCCAGUACGAGGGAGACACUACUGGGAGGUCGAGGUGGACGAUGGGACGGAGUUCCGGAUCGGAGUUGCAUACGAGGACACAGAUAGGAGCUCGUACCUCGGAGCCAACAACACGUCCUGGUGCAUGAGACACAUCGUCACUCCGUCCAGGCACAAAUAUGAGUUUCUGCACAACGGCUGGAGUCCUGACCUGAGGAUCACAGUGAACCCGGAGCGGAUAGGGGUGGCGCUGGACUACGAGACGGGGACUCUGUCCUUUUUCAACGUGGCUCUGGAACAACACCUACACACCUUCAACUGUCACUUCCAAACUUAUGUCCAGCCUUGUUUUAGCCUGGACAACCCAGGAGCGCUCACCGUCCACAACAGCAUAGAGGCUCCCCAGUACAUGUUCACCUGACACAAGCCAUCUUAGCUAGACCCAUGAUGAAAUGAAAGCCUGGAAGGAAGUGCAAUAACUCUGGUGAUAUAUUUAAAAAUAAAAUUGUGACAUCCCCAAUAAAGAAAAGCCGACAGUUCAUUAAAUCAGCUUUUCAUCUGCAGCAGAAAUGGUGUGUGAUCCAGAAUAAAGGGUUUUCAGUUUUUAUUAUAUUCCAUGGGAACAGGCAAACACCAUUUUCCAAGAUAAGAAAAAGUCUCACUGAAUUUUACAAUAUGCUCUUAUAUCAUCAGUAACUCUGCAGCAAGUGUCUAAAGGAGGAAAUAAGGUGCUGGCUUAACAAGAUGCAAUGAAAAAUAAAAAAGAUGUUUUAAGAGAAAAUAAAGUUUAAUAUUUAAAAAGGAAAAAUCCACCAUGAAUAGUUCCACUGUUGGCUUCUGAUGAUGUGCUUCUCUGGACCCAUUUGUUUAACGGAGUGGCGAAAACAUCAAGACAGGAACACAGAGGGGAUUUGUAUUCUCUAAAAGCAAAUCCUCAAGCUCCUACACGACAUUCAGCCACAAUGUGUGCCAUUUGGCCACAAAAAAAAAAAAAAUGCACAUAACAGCGUUGUAGUUUACAGGGCAUCUAUAUUUACAUUUGCUAUGUGGGUGGAUAUUUAAAAACAACUUUUGGCUAAAACUUGUUCACACCAAAUGUGUUAGGGAUCAAAGAGGCAUUCUGAGAAGCUAGGAGAAAACAAAUUUAACAAUGUGCACAAAGGAAAUACAGGACAAGAAAAGUAAAAGCCUUAUGAGUCCAGGAAAGCAGCAAACAUCAAAAGCUGUUGCCAAUGUGUAUUUGUAAGUAUCUUCAAACAGCAUACAAGUAAUUUAAAACUGAACUGGAACAGUACAUAAUCAUCUAUCAACCACAUGCCGGUCUGUUUUCAUCCAUCCACGAUCACCAUCAAUCAGGAUCAGGCACUCUGUUCCUUUAUUUGAAAAUGAUGUUUGUGUUCACUUUUCCAUGUGUAGGAUUGAAGCGUGUCUUUCUUUGCAAGUCGGGUCCAUUAUCAGGCACACAUUUUCAGCUGAAGCCAUAAAUUCAGUCAAUGUUUGAAACGGUAGAAGUGAGUUUUCCAUAAGUGAAGGGAAAUUCGUGAGAAAGUGCGCCUACACCACCAAGUGAGGGAGAGAGUAACUUAUUGUCGUCAUCACCAUGUUAACGAUUAUUAUUUUGGUGAUUGUGUCAUGCAUCUGUGAUGAAUCAUCUCAGAAUUUGCCAAAUCCUGAUCUAUGCCAUAUUUGCAGCUUUAACCUCACAAAGCGUCUUCAUUGAUGUCUGUGGACAAAGUCACACCAUACAUUGCAAACAAGUGGGGUUUAAUACUUUAGAGAGAAGAAUGAACCGUUAUCUGCUUGGAUGGAAGAAAAUAACAUUUUACCCAAAGAAUAAAAGCAAGCCCCCAAUUUGUUGUAAAUAUGAAAAUAUACUGGUGUAGUCUUAAAACAGAGCAUGAUAACACAAAGGUGGAUUUUUCCUUUAAUGGGG